UGAAACUCCACCCCCGGCAUCCAUUUCUGUUCUGGAAGACACGGUGCUCGCGAAGAAAAUCGUUGCUUUUAAAAUUUAUUUUAAUGUAAUUCUCAGACAAUCGGGACUCAGUCUUACGAAAAUAACACAGAAAAGCCAGCCGGUCUGAGUCGUCACAUUUUUCUGUCUGAGAAAUCGUACAGGCUUUUGAAUCGAGGCGGGCCUUUAUUCCCCAUUUUAACUUUCCUGAGCGGCGUUUUCCGCGUUUUUUUUUCCCUCGCUAGCCCCACUCACUCUCCCCUCCGUGUGAGUAGGGGCCUGUAGUGUAGCCACGAGGCGUGUUGGACCAGCGGGAAUCGGGCGAUGGCGGAGUUUGGUAAUGGACUGGCGGAGGAAUCUCUGCUGGACUCAGAUCCAGGGCACCCAGAACUUGAAGAUCCAGGUGUCGGCGACGAAGAACCAGGAUUAGAAGAGGGAGAGGCCGCUAUUGAGGACCCGGAACUGGAGGCGAUCAAAGCCCGGGUGCGAGAGAUGGAGGAGGAAGCGGAGAAGUUGAAGGAGCUACAGAACGAGGUGGAGAAACAGAUGAACCUGAGCCCUCCACCCACUGGUCCUGUCAUCAUGUCCAUUGAAGAGAAAAUGGAGGCGGAUGGGAGGUCAAUCUACGUCGGAAACGUGGACUAUGGCGCCACUGCAGAGGAGCUUGAGGCUCACUUCCACGGCUGCGGAUCCGUAAACAGAGUCACUAUCCUGUGUGACAAGUACACAGGCCACCCCAAAGGGUUUGCGUACAUCGAGUUUGCAGAUAAGGAGUCUGUGCGGACAGCCAUGGCACUAGAUGAAUCCCUAUUUAGAGGACGGCAGAUUAAGGUCGGCGCUAAGAGAACGAACCGGCCAGGAAUCAGCACCACAGACCGCGGGUUUCCCCGCGCUCGGUUCCGCUCGCGGGUGAACUUCUCGUCCCGGUCGCGCUACUACAGCGGGUACACGCCACCCAGAGGCAGAGGACGGGCCUUCAGGGGCCGAGGGCGAUCAACAUCGUGGUAUUCCCCUUACUAAUAACCCCCCCCUUACUAUCAUCUCUCCCUAUUCCCUUAACAAAAAAAAGAAAAGAAAAAAAAGUCCCGCCCCCCCUCCCCCCAGUAAACGAAGAAAAAAAAAUCUCAGAAGAAAAAAAAGACAAAAAAGAGGAGAAAAAAAAGAGCCUCUCCUGGACAGACAGACAGACAGGCUGGCUGGCUGGCUGGCUGCAGUGUGCGAUUGUGUGUGCGCGUGCGUGUGCGGACGUGGUGCGGUCAUCCUGGUAAGGUAUCAAGUGGCCGUUUGGGGGAGCUUGGGUGGCAUUUUCUUUCUUGAUCUGUUGAUUAUUUUUUGUUUUGUUUUUGUUUUUGAAAAAAAAAAAAAAAAAGAAAGAAAAAAAGAUGUUACCUCAGGCUGCAGAUGUCUCCUUGGUCUGGUUGUGAACCCCCUCUCUCACCCCCACUUCUCUCUCACACCAAAUACAGCCUUUCUCCUGUUUUGUGUUCCACGUACAUCGAAAAAAAAAAAAUGCAAAGUUGCAAGAAGAAAGAAAAGAAAAAAAAGAUUACUGUACAUUUGAAUAUGUGAACUUUGAAUAGCAAAGAAUGUUGUUUAAUUUUUUUAAGUUGUGAUAUUGGAGUAUCAUAUAUUCCUUUCUUUUGUUUUUCUUUCUCCUCCCUCCCUCCCUCCCCCCCUCCUUUUUUGUACUCUACGAAGCAGUUGCCACUCAUCUUCUGCCCCUCCUUUCCACCCGUCGCUGUUUUGGUUUGCGUUCCUCUCUUCCUACUGGUUCAUCUCUCGCUCGCCUGCGUUCAGUCCCCUCCUCCCCAGAGGUCACAUGGUGGCCCUUUCAGUGUUCAGUGGUUCAUGCUCAUUUGGUUGUUUCCACACUCAUCUGUCGUUCUUCUCGGGCCCCCCUGCCGUAGCAUUCAUCAUUGUUUUUGUAGAAAAGCAUGGCCAAAAACACGUCUGCCAUCUUCACUGUUUUGACUUCUUUCUUCUUUCUUCUUUUUUUUUUUUUUUUUUU